ACCUUACUUCUCUUUUCUCUUUGAAGCUUUGCUGCUAUUUUUUUUUUUUUUUCUAUUUUUCAAUAUGGCUCUACUAAACCAACAAACUGUAGAUUAUCCAAGCUUCAAGCUUGUAAUUGUGGGUGAUAGAGGAACUGGAAAGACAACUUUUGUCAAAAGGCAUCUCACUGGUGAAUUCGAGGAAAAAUAUGAACCCACUAUCGGUGUGGAGGUUCACCCAUUAGACUUCUUCACAAAUUGUGGGAAAAUUUGCUUUUAUUGCUGGGACAUUGCUGGACAAGAGAAAUUUGGUGGACGUCUUCGUGAUGGCUACUACAUUCAUGCACAAUGUGCAAUUAUCAUGUUUGAUGUUACCGCGCGUCUGACCUACGAGAAUGUUCCUACGUGGCAUAGAGAUCUUUGCAGGGUUUGUGAGAACAUUCCCAUCGUUCUCUGUGGAAACAAAGUUGAUGAUGUCAGGAACAGGCAGGUCGAGGCAAAGCAAGUUACCUUUCACAGGGAGAACAAUUUACAAUACUAUGAGAUCUCAGCAAAGAGUAACUACAACUUGGAGAAGCCUUUUCUAUACCUUGUUAGAAAGCUUGCUGGGUAA